AUGGUCGCCUCAAUCUUCUCACGCGUUGCUUUUGCAACUGGACUUCUUGCCUCCACUGCUUCGGCCGCUUACGAUGCCUCCUCCAAGUCAAAUGUCGCUGUUUACUGGGGACAGGGAAGCAACCAGAUGUCGUUGCUCGAAGUCUGCUUGGAUCCUAACGUAGACAUUGUCAACAUUGGCUUCAUCAACAAGUUCCCUACGAAGCGAGGCGAAUAUCCUGGAUCAAACCACGCCAAUGCCUGUGGUGACGCAACUUACCUUGACCCGACUACCAACAAGCCCAGCAAGCUACUCAGCUCAUGCCCUGGCGUUGGUGAGGCCAUCAAUGCUUGUAAGAGGAGAGGCAAGAAGGUCAUGCUCUCGCUCGGUGGUGGCUGGCCAACAGACUACUACCUCCCAACACCAGAUGUUGCAAAUUGGUUUGCUGAGUUUUUGCUCGGAGCUUAUGGCCCUCCUACCGCCGAGUGGAAAGCUGCAGGCAAGCCCCGUCCCUUCGGCGAUGCCUAUGUUGAUGGUUUCGAUCUCGACCUCGAAGCCGCAGAGUGGGAUGUACCGUCCAAGGACAUGCUCUACCUGAACUACGAUGUCUUCGGCAAGUACAUCAAGGCACACUCCAAAAUGCUUCUCUCCGGUGCUCCCCAGUGCGUUGUCCCUGAUGCUAGGAUUUUCCUUGCUCUCAAGGAGGUUCCUUUCGAUUUCCUAUUCACUCAGUUCUACAACACCUGGAGCUGCUCUGCUGCCAAGGCCGUACAAGACAUGAAGAACAAGGCAGAGAGCACCUUCACCUUUAACACCUGGAUUUCUUGGCUCAAGGCAAACUCCAAGAACCCAGACAUCAAGCUCUACCUUGGAUUGGCUGCUGGUCCAGAUGGUCUUCCUACACACAAGGACCACUACCUCACCCCUGAGGAUGCCAAUAUGCUUGUUCAGUCCCUUCAAGGCGAAAGCUUGUUUGGUGGUGUUAUGCUUUGGGAGGCGACCGUCUCUAAGAACAACCCGACUUAUGGCCAGUCCUACGGUACCUGGAUGAAGUACGCUGUUGAGGGUACUUUCAAAGACAAGUACCACCCUGUUGUAUCUUCUAGCUCUGUGGUCUCUUCUACAAUCACACCUUCCAGCACUCCUGCCUCCAGCACUCCCGCAUUCAGCACCCCAGCUUCAAGCACUCCGGUUCCCAGCAUCUCAACUUCCACCUAUCCUGCCUCCAGCAUCUCGGCUUCCACCUAUCCUGCCUCCAGUGUCUCUGCUUCUAGCAUUCCGGGCUCGAGUGUUACUGCUUCUAGCAUUCCAGGCUCUAGUGUCACUGCUUCCAGCAUUCCGGGCUCGAGUGUCACUGCUUCCAGCAUUCCGGGCUCGAGUGUCACUGCUUCCAGCAUUCCUGCAUCUAGCACCCCCGCUUCCAGCAGCGCUACUAUGGUCAGCUCCAGCUCUAUUGAAAUUCCCAGCAGCACCCCAGUUGAGCUUUCUUCUAUUGCUACCAUCUCCCCCUCCGCUUCCAGCAGUAGCAUCUCCGUUGGACCAUCAUCUGUCCCCACCGUCUCAGCACCCGAGAGCACCAGCAGCUCUGUCGUUAUUCCUUCAGGUAGCGAGACCUCAACUUCCUGCAGCACUUCAAGCGGCGCCUAUCCCACUGGUGUGAACUCUAGCUAUGGCGUCUAUCCUACUGAGUCAGCAGUGUACCCAACUGAGACAUACUCUGCCAGUAAGGGUGCCGAGUACCCAGCCGAGAGCUCCAAGGGCUACGGAGAAUACCCAGCUGCGUCCAGCACUGGUUAUGACAGCACGCCUUCUGUCACCGAGAAGCCUGAGCAAUCCGAGUACCCGACUGUUCCCACCGGCUCUACCACCAGUGUCGUUACCACCACCUACGUCGAUGUUUGCCCCACUGGUCUCACCACUGUCACCACGACGUACGUUGCGACUGUUUGCACCAAGUGCGCGAAGCCCACCGGCACCGCCGAUGUUCCUGAGGGAUGGACCACGAGCGUAUACACUGCCAGCACCUUGACUGUGACAAUCACCAAGCCCAUUGCCACCGUCACUGCUGUGCCUGAGUACCCAUCCUCCGCUCCUUCGGUCGUGUACCCUGCGGAGUACCCUGCUUCCCCCAUUUCUUCUGGAAAGCCUGCAUAUCCAGUCGUGCCUGAGGCUUCCAAGGCUGCGUACCCUGUCGUCCCUGAAGCCUCCAAGGUCGCGUACCCUACCAUCCCUGAAGUCUCCAAGGCCGCUGAAUACCCCACUGUUCCUGAAGUCUCCAAGGUUGCUGAGUACCCUGUGGCUCCUGCAUCUUCUGCGGCUCCUGAGUACCCAGCUCACUCUGUGCCUUCUGUGCCCUCCGCCGCUCAGCCCGCCUCUUCGCCUGCUGCCGAGUACCCCUCGUAUCCUGUUGGCACUGGCUACCCCAAGAAGCCCGUGGAGCAUGAGGCUGUCAGCAGCACGCACGUGACUCUCAGCAAGGUUGCCGUUCCUACUUACAUUCCUGCACCUUACCCAUCGGCUGGUGUUCCUUACAUCCCUGCCGGCCCUGCUAAGAACGCUACCAGCGAGUAUGUCCCCAUGCCCACUGGUACCGGCAAGCCCGUCACACCUCUCCCAUCUAUGCCACCGCAGUUUGAGGGCGCUGCUAGCCGCGCUAGUGUCGGCUUCAUGAUGUUUGUUGGUGCUGUCGGUGCUGUUCUUGCCAUGUAA